AUGAUUUUCAUACGACUUUUCCUCCUCUUGGGUCUGUCGACCCUGUUGGCCGCUGCGCCAACGCCCCAGGCCAGCGCCGCCAGCUCCUCGUCUGGGUUCUGGAUGGCCAAUAUCAAGCGCCAGGGCACAGUUGCAUUCGGUAACGCGACAGACUACCAGAUUUUCCGUAACGUUCACGACUUCGGCGCCAAAGGUGAUGGCUCGACCGACGAUACCGAUGCUAUACAAAAGGCCAUCUCAAGCGGAAACCGAUGUGAAGAGAACUGUGACUCAUCUACUGUUACUCCUGCUAUCGUCUACUUCCCGCCUGGCACAUACGUGGUGUCGCGCGCUCUCAACCAGUCGUAUUACACUCAGAUGAUUGGUGAUGCCACCGAUCUCCCUGUCAUCAAAGCCGCCAGAAGCUUCUCCGGCAUGGCUGUCAUUGAUGCUGAUCCCUACAUCAUGGGAGCCAACUGGUUCACUAACCAGAACAACUUCUUCCGUCAAAUUCGCAACUUUGUCAUCGAUCUUACCUCCAUGGACAUGAGCAGUGGCGCUGGUAUCCACUGGCAAGUAGCUCAGGCUACGAGUCUUCAGAACAUUCGCUUUGAAAUGGUCAAGGGAGGCGGUGAUGGCAAUAAGCAACAGGGUAUCUUCAUGGACAACGGUUCGGGCGGUUUCAUGACUGAUCUCACCUUCAACGGCGGCAACUACGGCAUGUUCUUGGGCAACCAGCAGUUCACAACUCGCAACUUGACCUUUAACGGAUGCAAUACGGCUAUCUUCAUGAACUGGAACUGGGCUUGGACUUUCAAGUCGGUUACUGUUACUGAUUGUGCCGUGGCGCUGAACAUGUCCAACGUUGCUGAUGCUAAUAACCAGACUGUUGGUUCGGUCAUGCUCUUGGACAGCUCUAUCUCGACCACCGACACUGCCAUUGUCACUGCUUGGUCUAAAGACAGCAUUCCGAUCGGUGGCGGUGCUCUUGUUAUUGACAACGUCGACUUCUCUGGCUCCAAGGUAGCCGUUGCCGGAAUUGGUGGUAAUACUAUCUUGGCUGGCGGUUCUAUUGUCGAUAACUGGGUCCAGGGCAAUACUUACACUACUUCCGGUGCUUCGAGCGUGAAGAAGCGUGAUAUCGAGUCUGUGGCCAGCCUUGAGGCCGACACGUGCCCUGCGCCUGAAGUUGUCACUGUCACUGUUGUUCAAGGCGCUGGAACGAAUCCCACUGUGCCUGCAAGUCAUGCUAGCGAUCGUAUUGCUGGCUCGACUGGCACUGAUGCUCCGGGUGGCUUGGCAACUACUAUUCCUGGCACCGACAUACCUGACCCUGUUACCACUGUCACUCCUACUGUUGGAGCUACUACUGCUACUGGAACUGCCCCUCAACAAACCACCGGUACUCCAGCACCGCCUGCCUCUAAUCCAGGCUCCGGCGAUGGAACGACUAGCCCUGUCUCGUCCCCAUCUGCCGCUACUAGUACUCCCUCCUCGCAACAUAGCCCAUCGAGCGGACAUGCGUCCGGAACGCCCUCCUCUGGUACCUGUGCUGCAUCUCCUGUGUCCAAGGCCCGAACUCAAGCAACUCUUGCCAAGUCAAGCAAGCCCUCUGUUCUCGUUGAGGGCUCUGGCAAAGUUUUUGAGCGUUCGAAGCCUUUGUAUGAAACUGUCGAUGCCUCAUCCUUUGUUAGCGUCAAAUCUGCUGGUGCCAAGGGCGAUGGUACUACUGACGACACGGAUGCCAUCCAAAAAGUCCUUGACAGCGCUACCUCUGACCAGAUCGUUUACUUUGAUCAUGGUGCCUACAUUAUCACUUCCACUAUCAAGGUACCCAAAGAUAUCAAGAUUGUCGGCGAAAUCUGGCCCCUUCUGAUGGCUUCUGGCAAAGCCUUCUCGGACGAGCAGAACCCAAUCCCCAUGCUCCAAAUUGGCCAAGCAGGCGAUUCUGGCGAUGUUGAGAUUUCUGACAUCAUGCUCGAAACCAAGGGACCCACUCCUGGUGCUAUCUUGAUGGAAUGGAACGUUGCUGGCUCCUCCCAGGGUUCUGCUGGCAUGUGGGAUGUCCACUUCCGCAUUGGUGGUUCCGCCGGAACGGAACUCCAGAGCGACAAGUGUGCCUAUAACCCUAAUGCGACCCAUAACGCCAACCCUGAGUGCGAGGGUGCUUUUAUGCUUUUGCACGUUACUGAAAAGGCCAGUGCUUAUGUCGAGAACGCCUGGUUCUGGGUUGCUGAUCACGAGCUGGAUCUCGCUGAUCACAGCAAGAUUGAUAUCUACAAUGGCCGCGGUGUGUUGAUUGAAAGCCAAAACGCCGUCUGGCUGUACGGCACAUCUUCUGAACACAGCCAGCUCUACGAAUACCAGAUCAACAAUGCGAAGAAUGUCUUUAUGGCUCUUAUCCAGACCGAGACUCCAUACUGGCAAUCCAACCCUACAGCUCUCGAGCCAUUCACCCCUCAGAGCAAGUGGAGUGACCCCGACUUCUCGACCUGCACGACUGACAGCUGCCGCAAAGCCUGGGGCUUGCGUGUCCUUUCCUCGUCCGACGUGCUUAUGUACGGCGGUGGCCUUUACAGCUUCUUCGAGAACUACAGCCAGACCUGUCUUGACAGCGAGGACUGCCAGGAGAACAUGGUCGAAGUCGACUGCUCCAGCGUGUCGCUAUACGGGCUGAGCACAAAGGCCAGCGUCAACAUGGUUACAUCGACCGACGGCAAAGGAUUAGUCGCUCAGUCUGAGAACCUGAGCAACUUUUGCUCCACCAUUGCCUUGUUCCAACAGUAA